AAAACUAUUUUAUCCAACCACAUCAAUCAAUCAUCAUAACCGAUUGAAUUUGAAUUUUUGAAAAAGUAAAGAAGAAAAGAAAAACAAAAAAUAUGGAAUCGGAAAAAAGUCAAAGUGAAGAAAAAUCGGCAAGUGAAGAACAACCAGCAUCAUCGGCUGUUACUGAAUCACAAGUAGCUGAAUCACAAGUAGCUGAAUCACAAGUAUCCGAAUCAAAAGCCGAAUCAAAAGCGGAAGAAGUUGAUAGUUCGGCUGCUGCUGCUAGUUCACAAAAAUCAGGACAAGCACCUUCCGAGCAUGUUGCUUCUGAACAACAACCAUCAGCAUCAGCUUCUGAAGUUGAACAACAACCAAGUGAAAGUCCUGCUGAUCAAUCUGAACAAGUUGAUGUUCAACAAUCGGAAAAAUCAUUAGAAGCAACUGAAAGUCAAAGAGAUGAUAUAUCCGAAGAUACAGAACAAAAAAGUGAAGAAGCAACACCAUCGCAAACAACAACAACAACAACAACAACGACACCAUCACAUGAACGUACAUCCGGUAGAUCGGGUAGAUCUGGUCGUCCACCAGUAAUGCGUCGACGUAAGAAAGGUGAAAAAGUUAGUGAAAAAAAUGUUCGAAUCGGAUUUAUUGGUGCAGGUAAAAUGACCGAAGUUAUUGUAAAAGGUUUAUUGGAAAUAGCAAGUCCAGACGGCGAACGUAUAAAUCCGAAACAGAUUUUUGUUGCAUCCAAAAGUGGUAAAAAUCAUGAUCAUUAUAAACGUUUAGGUUGUUAUACAACCAAACGAUCAUAUGAUAUAUUUGGUCGUAUGGAUUGUGAUAUGGUAUUUUUAGCCGUACAUGGCUAUGUUAUUCGUCAAUGUUAUAAAGCUGGUGGUAUUCGGCCAUUAGCAUUGACAACAAAUUUCAUACCAAAUCAACGUCAUCCGUUGUAUAUAUUAUCAAUGGUUGGUGGUGUUACAUUGAAUGAUAUUAAAAAAACAUUAUUAAAUCCUGAUCAUCCGGAAAAAUAUCGUGUUGAAAUGCAUCGUAUAAUGUUGAAUCCAUCGGUUGCAUAUGGUCUUGGUAUUGGUGCUAUUGAUGUUGAACCAGAUUCAAAACAUUGUGCCGGUAUUGUUCGUAAUAUUCUUUGUCGAUUUUGUCGUUUGGAAACAAUUGUUGAAGCACAUAUGGAUAUUGCCUGUGCAGCUGGUGGUUAUGGUUCAACAUUUUGUUAUUAUUUUAUGGCCGCUAUUGCUGAUGGUGCAUUCAAAAGAGGAUUACCCAAAAAUAUGGCCACAAAAAUUGCUGCACGUACAUUACAAUCGGCUGCAGCAUCUAUAAUUGAAUCGGGUAAAAAUCCUAAUGAUUUACGUGAUGCUUGUACAUCACCAAGUGGACCGGCUAUUUAUGGUCUUCAUGUAUUGGAUAAAGCUGAUUGUGCAUCUGGAUUUGCUGCUGCUGUUGAAGCAGCAUAUCAUCGAAUUAAAGAACUAGCCGAAAAUCCACCAACAUAAAUAUAUUUUAUUUUUUUUUAUAUUAUUGUUGUUGUUAUUAUUAUGCCUUCUAUUUUGUGUGUUUGGUGUUGUGUAUAACAA